CGGCGGCCGGCCGCGCCGGGCCGGGCCACUCGGGCGGCGGCGGCUCGGGCAGGUCCGGGCAGGGCCGGGCGGGCAGCAGGCAGCCGAGCCGGGACCCCGCGCCGGAGCCGCAGCGAGGACUCCGAGGCCGCGGCCCCGCCUCCUCCCCGCCCCGCGCCCGCCGCCCGCGGGUCGCGCCCCUGAGCUCCGAGCGGCGCCGGCAGGGCCGCGCCGGAGCCCCGCCGCAGCCGGAAACCGUCCCGAGCCGGGCCCGAGGGGGAAGCCCGGUGCCGGCGGCGCCCGGAGCCGGGCCCGAGCCCCGCGCGGCUGAUGGCGGGGCCGCGGGGCGCGCUGCUGGCCUGGUGCCGCCGCCAGUGCGAGGGCUACCGCGGCGUGGACAUCCGCGACCUGAGCAGCUCCUUCCGGGACGGCCUGGCCUUCUGCGCCAUCCUGCACCGGCACCGGCCCGACCUGCUAGAUUUUGAUUCACUGUCCAAGGACAAUGUCUUCGAGAAUAACCGUUUGGCCUUCGAAGUGGCCGAGAAGGAGCUGGGCAUCCCUGCUCUCCUCGACCCCAGUGACAUGGUCUCCAUGAGCGUCCCCGACUGCCUCAGCAUCAUGACCUACGUGUCCCAGUAUUACAACCACUUCGCCAGCCCUGGCCAAGCUGGUGUGUCAUCACCCAGAAAGGACCUGGCACUGUCCUCCCCUCCAGCCGAAGCACCGAUUCCCACGGAACCAGGAGACAGGGCUCAGGGCGAGGAGUGCUCCUCGGGCAGCCUGUCGGAGCAGGGCGCCCACCGGACCCCCAGCAGCACGUGUGCAGCCUGCCAGCAGCAUGUGCACCUGGUGCAGCGUUACCUGGCCGAUGGCAAGCUGUACCACAGGCAGUGCUUCCGGUGUCGGCGAUGCUCCAGCACCCUGCUCCCCGGAGCCUACAGGAGUGGGCCAGAGGAGGGCACCUUCGUGUGUGCGGAGCGCUGCGCCAGGCUGGGCCCUGGUGGGCGGUCGGGGACCAGGCCCGGACCCCCCUUACAGCCAAAGCAGCAGCAACUUACACAAGAAGCCAAGGAUGUGGAGGGAGGUGGCCACAGUGCUAAUGCAGCUGCAGGGGCUGAGGCAGACAUGCCCAAGGCCAGCCCCGAGGGCCGACCCCAGAUCCCCACCAAGCCCCGGGUUCCUGGCAGACCACAGGAGCUGGCCAGCCCCCUAGCCAGCCGCCCCACACCCGCCCCCAGGAAGGCCUCCGAGAGCACAGUCCUGACGCCCCCCACGCCCCGGCCCCGGUCCAGUCUGCAGCAGGAGAACUUGGUGGAGCAGGGAGGCAGCAGCGGCCUGGUGAACGGAAAGCUGCACGAACCCCCCGUCCCUAAGCCCAGAGGGACACCCAAGCUGUCAGAGAGGACACCAGCCCCCAGGAAAGACCCCCCAUGGAUCACACUGGUGCAGGCAGAGCCAAAGAAGAAGCCAGCCCCCCUGCCCCCGAGCAGUAGCCCUGGGCCACCGCUUGGGCAGGACAGCAGGCAGGCGGAGAAUGGGAGUGUGGACGAGGUGGCCCCGAGGGGCUCAGAGGCAGCUGGCCCGGAGCCCAAGCCCUACAACCCCUUUGAGGAGGAAGAGGAAGAGCCCCUAGCUGUGCCCGGUCCAGCCACCGGCCCUGCCCCAACUCACCCAGAGUCCACAUCCAAGUCCCUGCACCCCUGGUACGGCAUCACCCCCACGAGCAGCCCCAAGACAAAGAAGCGCCCCGCCCCCCGAGCACCCAGCGCAUCCCCCCUUGCCCUCCACGCCUCCCGCCUGUCACACUCGGAGCCACCCUCGGCUACCCCGUCGCCAGCCCUCAGUGUGGAGAGCCUGUCCUCCGAGAGCUCCUGCCAGCCCCGCAGUGGGGAGCUUCUGGAGCCGCCGGUCGUGCCCAAGAGCUCCUCAGAGCCUGCCGUCCACGCCCCUGGCACCCCUGGGACCUCUGCCAGCCUCUCCGCCAACUCCUCCCUGUCCUCCUCUGGGGAACUGGUACAGCCCAGCGUGGACCGGAUGCCUCAAGCCAGCCCUGGCCUUGCCCCCAAUACUAGGGGCAGCCUGGGUCCCCCGCCAGCCAAGCCCUGCAGUGGCACUGCCUCCUCCCCUCUUGUGCUGGUUGGAGGCAAGAGCCCCGCGCCUUCCCCUGGAACCUCGUCCCCACAACUCCAGGUAAAGUCUUCCUGUAAGGAGAAUCCUUUUAACCGGAAGGCAUCCCCCACAGCAUCCCCAACCGUAAAGAAGGCCACCAAGGGCUCCAAGCCAGCGAGACCGCCUGCCCCAGGACACGGCUUCCCGCUCAUCAAACGCAAGGUCCAGGCUGACCAGUACAUCCCCGAGGAGGACAUCCACGGAGAGAUGGACACCAUCGAGCGCCAGCUGGAUGCCCUGGAGCACCGUGGGGUCCUGCUGGAGGAGAAGCUGCGUGGCGGAGUGAAUGAGGGCCGCGAGGAUGACAUGCUGGUGGACUGGUUCAAGCUUAUCCACGAGAAGCAUCUGCUGGUCCGGCGGGAGUCUGAGCUCAUCUAUGUCUUCAAGCAGCAGAACCUGGAGCAGCGCCAGGCUGAUGUGGAGUAUGAGCUCCGGUGCCUUCUCAACAAGCCAGAAAAGGACUGGACAGAGGAGGACCGGGGCCGAGAGAAGGUGCUGAUGCAGGAGCUUGUGACCCUCAUCGAGCAGCGCAACGCCAUCGUCAACUGUCUGGACGAGGACCGGCAGAGGGAGGAAGAGGAAGAUAAGAUGUUGGAAGCCAUGAUCAAGAAGAAAGAGUUCCAGAAGGAGGCUGAACCCGAGGGCAAGAAGAAGGGGAAGUUCAAGACCAUGAAGGUGCUGAAGCUGCUAGGAAACAAACGUGAUACCAAGAGCAAGUCCCUCGGAGACCAGAGCUAAUGGAGCAGGCUGCCAGCUGGGGACUCCGCCCCUCCUGGCUUGGCCCCCGGGGCUGUCCUCUGCCUGGGGCGCCCUGCUUCCCUUCAAGAUCAGUCGAGGGGAGAGAUGACUUACGGGGAGGGAGCCUCUGGGUGAUGGCCUCUCCUUCCUCAGGGUCCUCUGGCUGGUCUGGGCCAGAGAGUUUUCUUCCCUCUCCUGUGAGCCACCGGCAGCUGUGGCUCAGCCCUGCCCAGCCUGGCUCUGAUGACCCCAGGUGCUGUGACUGAGCCAGGAGCGAGCAGGGUCUUGGGUCCAGGGAGCAGCCGCAGCCGAGCACACCUGUCCCUCGUCCCACCCAGUACCUGCCCUGUGGUGCUGGGCAUCUCCUUGGUCCCUUUCCCUUCUGUACGACAUGCAGAGGGGAGCCUUACCUGUCAGAGUCUUUGGGUCUUUCCACCCACGAGGUCUGCCCGUGGUGGACCUCCAGCCUGGGUCUCCCGCCUCUAGGGCUCUGCCCUCUUGACAGGCCAGGCUCAGCUGCCCUGGCGCCUUCCCUCCCCCGUCCCGGUCCUGAGUCCCUGUCUUCCUUUCGGUGCAGGCGGCCCUGACUCUCUUUCUCCUCACUCAGGAGCUCUAUUUAUGAUGUCUCUUAAUUAACUUCGAGGUAGUUACUGCAUCGUCAGACACGCAUGGGCCUGAUGGACAAAUCCCUCCCUCUGUUCCUUGAAGUUCUAGCAGGUGCUGCCCUCAUGUCCCCUCGUUCUGUAGGAGGUCUCCUUGCCCCGGACACCAUGCUGGGGUCGGUGGGCGCCUGAGUGCUGAGCCCCCCAGGGAGGGCCUCGGGGAGGCAGGCCCCAGCCCCUCAGCCAGGUCAGCAGCAGGGUGGUGUGUGGCUCGUAGGUGCUCACCCUGGUCCUUUACCACGCUGUAGCCCAGCCUCUCCUGUAGGCGCUCCCCGCCACCGCAGGCUGGGGCCCAGGGGACCCACUCCUGGGCGGGUCAUCGCCGGCCUGUCUCCUCACACGCGUCUGUUCUCUCCCGACCUGUUGCCACCGAAGGACUGACAGCCACUCACCCCCAGGGUGGCUGUGGGAGGGGAGGAGCGGGUGGGGACCACCACCUCCCCGCCAGGGAGUGUGCCCAGCAGCUCUUGGUCAAAGCACUGUUGCUAUAAGCUAUUUCCGGGGUGCCUCUAGGGCCCCCUUCCCUCAGCGCACCUCUGGGGAAAGAUGGCACUCUAUUCACUUGAGAGGUUUUCCUCACGGACAAUAAAUGGAGACCACCUCGGCUGCCAGCGCCCUGCAGCCUUGGGGCGCCUUCCCCUCACCAGGCCUGCCUUCUCCCCUGCCCCCACCAUGCCUCGCGGCCCCCAUCUCUGCUUGCCCAGGAGGGCGUGGAGGGGCCCUCACUGCCUGCCCCCGGGGCAGGACCCCUUCCUCUGCAGGGAGAGGUGGCUCUUGCGCCUGUGCAGCCCCUGGCUGUCCCCUUCCUGACGUGCCUGUUGACCUGCAGCUGGGGUCACCAACUCCAGCGCCUUUUGGGGGCCAGACUGGGUGUGUCCUGAGAGACAGCCCUAACCCUCGGGUGGUGGGGACUGAGGUGAACAGGGGUGGAUACGCUGCAACUAGAGGGGAAGUUCUCUCUCACUUAAGUCAACUGUAGCCUGUGGGAUGUGGGGCCACUGGGGCCAGAUCUUUCCAUUUUUCAAAAGAAACUGGAAAUCCA